CAGCACGAAUUGCUGCGCUUUUUGUUCUCUCCCUACGCCGUCCGCCAUCAGAACUUCGACUACAGCGAUUUGGCCGAUAUCGAUCUCUGUGCGAGCGGGCAGAGCGAUAUCUGGGAGAGCAUGCAUGGGGCGGUAUACGAUGAAUCGCCGAGCGAGGCGCAACUGGGUACUCCGGAAAGUUCCCUGAACGAACUCGCCGAGGACUUGCUGGAGACCUUUCUGUCCAUCGUCCAUAUCCGUUUCCCCAUCCUAGACCCCGAAGAUAUCCGAAACCGUUUCGCCUCGCCAGACACCCAUCCCGCCGGACCCAUCUCCCAUCCCCUUCUCGCUGUCGCUCUCGCAUUCGGAGCCAGAUUUUCCGACAAUCCAGCGAUUGCAGCAGAUCGCGAGGAGAUCUCGACGCGGGAACAAGGGAUCAGGACAAGGAGUCGUCUCGUCCAGCUCCUUGUACUGCGCGCGAGGGAGGUUUGCGAGAUGCGCAAGAUUCAUCGGAUAGUGACAGAGGAGAACUGCGCGACUCUGAUUUUGCUGGAGCCUUUACUUGGACAAUCAACAUUCCUCAAGGAGAAGUAUCAAGCGUAUCAUGCCGCCGCCGCAGGUCGCCAUGCCGCUUGUCUCGGUAUGAUGACAAGAGAAAAUCUUCUGGGUAUUCGAGACGAGAAGGCAAGGAUGUUAUCUGUGUAUAUGUGGUGGAUCACGGGUCUGAGCGAUGGGUGGCGGUCAGUGUUCAACAAGUUGAAACCAUUAUUUAAUGACCACGACUUUGACGUCGAGCCACCAUCAUUCAUCAAUGCCGCCAAGUCAUCUCAUCAUGGUCAGGGUGGCGGCUCAGCCGAAGUUGACGAUGUCGAAAGCAGCACUUUCCUCUGGUUCACAGCCGGAGCCGCUGGAGCGUAUAUCUGCCGACAGCUAUGCUAUGGCCUCUGGACCCCCCGCGUCCGCCGAAGCGGGAUCGCCACCUCUACUCUACGGGAUUUCGUUCACGCAAACUCUCAAUGGCGGGAUCGGUACAUUGCGAAGCUCGGCGUCCCUUCGAAAUGGCCAGACCAGUGGGACUUUCUUGCGGCCAUUUCGUCUUGCUCUACCGACGCGUACUAUCACUGUCUCUGGAUGAUUGUUCAUCAGGCGAUUGAGGAGUAUGGGCUGGAGGAUGAAAAGAACGAUAGGGGAGGUGGAAAUCAUGUGGAGCUGGACAGCCUGACGCGGCGGAUAUCGGAGGAGAGUGGGCAGAGUGCUCUGAGGGUGGCGUCGCUCAUUAGCGUGUUGACGGAGAAUGGGUAUCUUCGGCUUGAUCCGCUCAUCCUCUCCCAUCCAGCCUAUAUCGCCGGCCUCAUCCUCGCUCGCGCCGGCCGACCAGAAUGUAAACCCUGCAUAGCAGGUCUUCGCCAAUACUCUAUCGCGUUCGGACACCUCUGGGAAGCCGCCGAGGAGGUCGAGCAAUUGUACUGCACCGCCACAGGAACGAGCGCUAGCAAUAGUGUGGGCGCCACACCACAUCUGCCGUCGUAUCCCCCGGCGGUGCACGGCUCGGGCGGGAUGAGCGUGGAUGCGCUCAUAUCGGACCCGACGGCUUCGAUUGGGUAUGAGCAGGGACCGCUGGAUUGGCGUAAUCAGGCGCAAGGGUACGAGCAGGGGAGGGACGAUGGGGAGUGGAAUGUACCGGGUGCGGGGGCUCAUUUGGUCAAUUUGUCGUAUGCGGCUGGGGUCCGGAGAUUUGGGCUGGAGCUGACGAUCAGGCUGCAAGUGGAUUCACAUCUCUGCCUAUGGUAG